AUGGAUGGUGAGGCUGUUAGGGGGAGUAAUGAGGAGGAGGGAGGGAUAGGAGUGGGUGAUUUUGAAGACAAUGAGGGUAUGUAUGGAGCUGUAGAUUCAGAUGAGGAAGGAAUUGGCCAUGAUUAUAAUUCUGAUGAUGAAGGAGAGGGAGAUAGAUUUCCAGAGUUUAACCCUAAAGUGGAUAUGAGAGACCCUCACUUCUGUAAAGGUAUGAAGUUUGCUUCCCCCAAGAUACUUAGGGCUGCUAUCAGAGAGAGGGCAAUUCAAGAUGGUUGGGAACCUCUUUUUUUAAAGAAUGACAGGGUCAGAUUGAGGGCUAUAUGCAAGGCUGAAGACUUUCCAUUCGAGUCAUUUGCAUCAAAAAUGCAGCAUGAAGAUACCCUCAUGAUUAAGACAUACCAUGGAGAGCAUAACUGUGCAAGAGUAUAUGAGAAUAGUACUGUGAAGACCCCCUACCUCACUGAUAAGUUUGCAGACCAGAUAAAGUUGAAUCCUAACAUUUCAAUAGAAGCACUUGCACAGACCAUGGCAGCUGGAGUGAGAGCAAGAGUUUCUUUUCAACAAGCUUAUAGGACCAAAAAGGCAGCACUGAAGAGGGAAAGAAGGAUGUAUGUGUGCUUAGGAGCUCUGAAGAGGGGUUUUAGGGCUGGUUGCAGACCAAUUUUUGGAUUUGAUGGGUGCCACCUUAAGAGUGCAUUUGGUAGUCAGUUGUUGGCAACUGUGGGGUUGGAUCCUAACAACACCACAUAUGUUGUUGCAUAUGCUAUGGUGGAGAUGGAAAGUAAAGAUUCAUGGGAUUGGUUUCUGGGGAUUUUGGUGAAUGACCUAGACAUUAGGGGAGAAGGAAAUGGGUAUACCAUAAUUUCUGACAAGCAGAAAGGGUUGCUUCCAGCUUCUGAAGCUGUUCUCCCACUAGCAGAACACAGGUUCUGUGUCAGGCAUCUUUGGACAAAUUUCAACAAGUUGUUCCCAGGAAAGUCAUAA